UAUUGUUUGAGUAUAUUGACAUCCAAUUGUAGGCUAAUAGAGGUUUUAAAAAUAUCGUAUAGCAUAGUGUAGGCUAUGUUUGAUAUAUUGGAUAAUGUUAUGUUACAGUAUCAAGUGCUCCAGUCAAAGCUGUUGUAAGAGAGGAAAUGUAUGUUUUGACUGUUCAUGCUGGGUCACUAUGUGUACUCAUCAAUGGUUUGAAAGCCACUUGCCUAUGUGGGUAAAUUGUGAGGUGGAUUUACUAUAGUCCAUGCAUUGGUUGUCUGCGCGUGUGCGCUGUCUCAUUGGUUCGCUUUCCCCCUGCUCGUCUGCGGCUCUUGUCAGUGCACAAAACAGCGCAUGCGUCUUAUUUUGCUCCUCAGCCUUUGAAACUCCGGGUUGAGUUCAAUUAGGAGAGACCAUGUCCGCCAUCAGCCAUAUGCACUUCUCUAUCUUCUCAUUUAAAACAAAUUCUCCAUGAAAUAGCGGUAGAACGCGGCCUCGAGAAUGGCCACAUCGGGUGCUGUUCAGGUGAAACUAGAACUUGGACAUCGUGCCCAGGUCAGAAAGAAACCCACGGUGGAAGGCUUUACGCACGACUGGAUGGUGUUUGUCCGAGGACCAGAGCACAGCAACAUUCAGCACUUUGUGGAAAAAGUUGUUUUUCACCUGCACGAAAGCUUCCCAAGACCAAAAAGAGUGUGCAAGGAUCCACCCUAUAAAGUGGAGGAGUCUGGAUACGCAGGCUUCAUCUUGCCCAUUGAAGUGUACUUCAGAAAUAAGAUGUCCCACUGCACCUCUCAGGAAGAACCUAAGAAAGUGCGCUUCGACUACGACCUGUUUCUACACUUGGACGGCCACCCGCCUGUCAAUCACCUGCGCUGCGAGAAGCUCACCUUCAACAAUCCCACGGAGGAGUUCCGCAGGAAGCUGCUUAAAGCUGGCGGGCAACGGGAUCCUCACAAAAGAAGUUUGGACGACUCUCAAGUGAUGGUAAUGCAGGAGGGUUCCACAUCUCUGUUCGGCCAGCACCUCAAGCUGCCCACCCUCCCCAGCAACUCCCUGACAUUGACCUUCUCAGACGCUAAGAAAAGCAAGGCCUUCCCAGGGUCAAAGGACGGCUUCAAAGGAUCUGACUCUCUUCUCACCACAACCACCACCACCAGCUCAUCCAAGCUCCACAAACCCUCCAAGGACUACAAGGACAAGCCUUUGAAAGAGCCCAAAAGUGCCUUCAGAGACUGUAGCAGGGAACCAAGCAAAGCCUCCAAAGAUCCAUCCAAGAAACCCAAAGAGAACCAGCCUCUUCGGGACAACCCCCCCAUCCCCAAGAUGGGCUUCAAGGAGCCCAAGGCCAUGUCCAAGGAGCACCGGCAGGAUGGGGGCUACUCGCACGGGGCUGGGAAUGGGACAGGGACUAACAAGCGACUGUCCAUCACCGACAGCGAGGACCAUCUGACCAAAAAGCGCAAGAAGGGCUUCUCGGAGUUGACGUUAAAGCCGCCGGGGGGCUCGUUGCUGCCGUACCCCCAAUCCCACUACUCGGAAAAGAAACUGCUGAAGGACAAAUCCCAGGUGCGGCCCGCUAAAGUGCGGGUGGACGGCGGUGAGGCGCUGGGGGAGCGCAGCAAGGCGCCGACGCUACCUCCGUUCUCGGAGUUGAGGGACGCCAACGACUCCGACAUGGAGGACAAUAUGUCCACCAAAUCAGAUUCGGAGCAGCCCAGUCCAGCCAGUUCAAGCUCUAGUUCCAGUUCAGGAUUUGCAGCCAGCCACAAACGCCAAGUGGCUGAAUUCGUCCGCAGGAAGGUAGGGGCCGUCCCUGCCACAGCCCACACAGUGUUGGGUCCCCUUCGUUCAAUAAUUCACGACCUGCACUCCGACGACAACGAGGAUGAUUCGGAGGAGGACGACAACGAUGACAACGACAUGGACUCUGACCUGGAGCGACAAAUGCACACGCACAUGACACACCGCCACCGCCGGGUCAGCUUGAGUGACGGCACUGAGAGUGAGAACAGCUCAGCGCCCUCUCCCCACUCUCGCCACGAGCCCCCGCCUUUAAUAAACACCAGUAAUAACCAGAUACUGGAGGUGAAGAGCCCCAUUAAGCAAACGAAGCAGGAUAAGAAUAAAAACAUUGACUGUGACAAGGCUUACCUGGAUGAGCUGGUGGAGCUACACAGACGACUGAUGACACUGAGAGAGAGGCACAUACUCCAACAGAUAGUGAACCUCAUCGAGGAGACUGGACACUUCCACAUCACAAACACCACUUUUGACUUUGACCUCUGCUCCCUGGACAAAACUACUGUGCGGAAGCUCCAGAGUUACCUAGAAACGUCUGGAACGUCAUGAGGUCUUGGAGCUGCUGGCUGCUGCAAGGAACAAUGUUGGAAGGACUUAGGAAUCUUCCUCUUUUGUUCCCCCCCACCUCCAAAAAAUGUACUUUUCACUGCAACGCAAAAAGAUGACCUGCCACGGCCAGGCCCUGCCCCGGGUCUUAGUGCCUGGCCUUCUGGUCGCUCCACAAUGCUCGUUGGAUCCUCUCUCCACGCGACCAGGGUAGCCCGUAAGCACAGACCGGCUCGGCGUGUCGUGUCACCCUGGAGAUGAGUCCUGUCGACCAGGAAUAUCACCCAGAAAGCCUUGACAAAUUCCACAGUUGACAAAAAAAACGUGGUAAAGAAACAGUGACCUUGCUUUUAAAACUAAUGUGCAUAUUAUUACCAUGUAUUGAAUUUUUUGGGCGUUCUUUGUGAUGAAUGGUGCAUGUUCAACACUGCCUUACCACGUUUGUCGGUCUUUAUUUAUUGAGUUUUUGUGUGUGUGUGUGUGUGUGUGUGUGUGUGUGUGUGUGUGUGUGUGUGUGUGUGUGUGUGUGUGUAAGAGAGAGAAUAGCAACACUGAGUUAGUCUUGUGCAAGCACUUCACAACAUGCAUCUCUCUGGCUCUGGAAGGACGGUGGAGCAGCGCGUUGUCAUCACAACGUUAAGUUUUAAAUUAUCUUGUGACGGAUGACUUGAAUGGCAAUCGAACGUCCCUCUAUAUGAAGACGGCAACUCUACCCUCUCCUCCAAAACAAUAAUUGUUAUCAGUGCCCACCGGUACGAGCUGAAGACAAAUCAUGAACUCAAAUUGUUGAAAUUAACACUUGUAUAUUCCAUUCUUGGUACCAAAUCUUUAAUUGAUGUAUUGGACAAUGACGAGGCAAAUUUCCAAAGUGUGCUGCAUGUUGUUUUUACAAGCUCUCACUUGUAUUCCGCUGCUCAAGUUGAAACCAAGCCUAGUGUUUGAUCAAUCUAUUCUGCCCUACCAAGCAAAAAAGCAGUAACUGCUCAUAGCGUGGAAUUGAUUGAAAUGGCUUUUAUUUACCUUGGUUUCACAGUAACUUCAUGCAGUUACUGCUAACAUGACCCCCAUUUUCUACAAAAUACAACAGAGGCAGGAUACAUGUCCACAUGAUUAAGCAUGUAUAUGUUGCAAAAAUAACUGAUUUUCAACCAAAUGAGCAGUUACUGCCUUUUUUGCUUGGUUGGGCAGUAUUGUAAGCAGGCCUGAGCUAAAAAGGAACUAUUUUGAAUCCUGGAAUUUUAGGAGGAAAAAUUGUACUCUUACGUAUGUAAGACUGAAUCUUAUUUAUUUCACGGUGACCUCCGUUGCCAAAUCAAAGUUGUGCAUUAGAAUUGAGAACUGAACUGAAUUUUUAUUUUUUUGUAACUUUGUCCUUUUUGCUAACCUGAGGAGUUGAAGUUAAUUUUGUCUGCUGAGAGCGAUGCCUCAACAGGAAUACCAGUGGUUGUAGCUGCUCACAGGGCCAUGCAAAGGCAGAAUGUUGCAUUUUUUUCUUGACCAAUGUCAGUCUUAUGAGUUUGUGUAUUCUUAGGACAUACAAUAAAAAUGCUGUGUUUUGUACAGAUGAGAACAUGUGCAACCUGUGGUAAAAAAUAGUUAGUCACUGUAAAUGUAACAUUUUUUGUUUGUUUUGACUUUGUUGCAAUGACAUUUUGUAAUUUCUUUUUUUUUUUUUUGUCGAAGCCCAAAGAUUUUGGUUUUGGUUGGGAUAUUGUUUAUUUGUAUAUAAACGUUGUGAUUAUUAAUGUCAUCUUUCAUUUCUUGGAAGGUUGGAAAAAAUAUAACAUUUUGGUAUUUUAAACAAAGGUAGCUUACAAUCAUGUGUUUUAGUCAAAGCUAUAACUGGUUUCUGGUGGAUCCACAACAUGCAGCAAAUUUUUGGGGUUGAUUAUAUCACUAUUCUUGACUAUCUUAUUAGUCUGCCAUUUGAAUUGUAUAACUAAAUGACCACACUGCUCCCCCCAUGUUUCUAAUUUGGGAGGGCAACACGAUUACUUCCUGUAUACACGGAGUGUACAAAACAUUAGGAGCACCUUCCUAAUAUUGAGUUGCACCCCCCUUUUGCCCUCAGAACAGCUUCAAUUUGUCAGGGCAUGGACUCUACAAGGUGUCAAGCGUUCCACAUGGAUGCUGGCCCGUGUUGACUUAAACCGGUGUGCCUGGCACCUACUACCAUACCCCGUUCAAACACAAAUAUUUUGUCUUGACAAUUCUCCCUCUGAAUAACACACACAAUCCAUUUCUCAAGGCUUAAAAAUCCUUUAACUUGUCUCUUUAUCUACACGAAUUGAAGUGACAUCAAUAAGGGAUCAUAGGAUUCACCUGGUCAGUCUCAUGGAAAGAGCAGGUGUUCUUAUUUUUUUGUAAACUUAAUGUAUAUGAAUGCUUCUAUUUGGAGAGAAGUGAUUGCUGGGAAAAGUUCUACAAUACCAACCUUUUUCAAAGGGACGUGUCUGUUCAGGAUGGCGCAACGUUACAGAACAAUAGGCAGUCAUUUCUGCUCUACAGUAUACAUUGCAUUUCUAUCUGCAUCAUUCGGAACAUUUCGCCCUAUUGAAUACACCCCCUCGAUUAUCAUCUGUAUAUCUAGCAGUCAUCUCACAUCUCUUGCCUAUUGAGAUGUAUGGGGGGGUACAUGAGGUUGCAAUGUAGUGCAGUUCUGUGUUGCGUUGACUGUGGAACUUAUUGUCUCAGUCUCUGCUGUCAGUUCUACCAGAUCUGACCCAUUUACUGUGUGUUUUCAACUUGCAGACUAUUUCCUAUAAAAUGCACAGUUGCAAUUCCUUUUUGAGGACAUUUGGUUUUUUGUGAUUCAAGGUUUCACGUUCAAGGUUUCAUUCAUGUCACUGAAUUCCAAUGACAACGUGAUCAUUUGAUUACCCUAGUUUUCUUCAACUAGCCACUAAGUACUGUAUAAACGCCACUAUUCCUUUUAAACAAAGUGAUUUCUCAGUGGAUCUUCAAAUGCCCAGUGUUUCAGGAUGUUUUGAAUCCUGAAUCUUCGAGACAAAGUAAAUAGGUAGCCUUUUCCAGGCCGUGGGGGAGGAGCCCACAGUAUGUGCAGUUUCUGUAGCAUGAGAAGUACACUCCCUGAACAGGACCCUAGUUUAUCACUGAGACAUAAAAGCAACUGUAGUUCAUGAACCAUUUAUUUUUAUACAUAACACAGGUCUCGGGUCAGAAUGUUGAUCCCCUCUUUUAAUUAGCUGACACGAUUUGUGCAGCACGUGGUUUUUAGGUUUGUCAAUGUAGGUGGUCGGACAAACGCUUGGAAGGCAUCCAGACUCCCCAUUUUGUGGUGGGGAUGGGGAAGUAUCAUGCUCAAGCCUUUUAUCAGGGAAAUAACCUUUUUUAAAAUAGGAUUUUCAGCUCGUGUUCGCUGUAUUGCUCGCCAAUUGAAAUCCUCUCAGAUUCGUUCAGAGCUCGCUGCCAAGGUUAGCUGUCCUGGGCCCUGUCCAGGAGUGUGUGCAGAUAGAAAUGUGUCUCAACCGGAUAUGAUUUUUCUGUCAUGUAGAAUAUGGAAUUAUGUCUGUCUGCUCUUCAUUACAUUUAUAUCUGCAACACACAGAAUAUAUUCCUGUUUGUUUUGAUCCGUGUGGUUGAGAGAGAAGUAGGGAGAGGAGGAUGCCACUUUAGACUAUUGAGCUGUACCCCCUACAACCUGCACGGUAAGGACGUUCCUGUCUGUAAGGACAACUCUGCUGUGUCCCAAAUGACAUAUUAACGAUGUAGUGCACUAUAAUGGGAAUAGGGUGCCAUUUGCGAUGCGUCCAGGGAGUCGCAGGUAUAGUGUUGGACAUGUGAAGGCCAUGGCCACUAACGGACAUGCUAAGCCAGCCAACUUAACACAUUUUCAGCAGCUGUUUAAUGAAUUGGAGCAGCUGGACGAUGGUGGUGCCAAGGUAUUUUGAGAAUGCGAUUUACAAUUCUAAUCGCAUUAACACGGCGCCAUCAUACGCCUUACUCUGCCAUUCCACCUCGUGUAAGAGCCAGAGGCUACUCCAGUUGUCCAUUGACUGUUUUCACACUGUAUUUGCAGCGGCGGGAAAGAGUCAUCCCAACAGAAGUCUCAAGGAGACAUUAUAGUUCUAGAAGUAAUUUACAAAAGUCACUAUUGCUGCAAAAAAAUGAUCAGUUCUUAUAUGCGGGUUUUUUUGCCUUUAGGAAGUUGCUUAAUGACAAAGAGAUUGAAAUGGCUUAAAAAUCAUCAUUUAUAAUAUUUUGUUUUUGCUGGAGUCCCUUUUUAAAGACAAUUCCACAAGCUGUUGUGUGUGGAUACACUUGUUUUGCUGGCAGACCUGUUUGUCAGUGAUUUAUUAAGGGGGAGUAUACUGCUAUCGUAUCACACCAUUUUAGGAAGAGGAUCUUGUUUGGUUGUGGUCUGAGCAGUGCUGCCAAUUGCAUCAAUUCAAAGAUCUGCCUUUCACUUAAGCUGCUUUUCAAUGGUCUGGUUUAAGUAUACAGUAUGUAUACAUAUACAUGACGGUGCAUCCUGCAAGGCAACAGGCCUGAUCCUCAGAGCUUGUCCAGCUGCUUUUUCUCGCACGAUGAUAGUUAUGGAUUGGGCAUGGCUGGAUCCUUCAAUCAUUUUCCCACUCCUUUCCUCCGUGUGUUUUUAGAUGGGGUUUUUUCAGCCAUGGUUUCUUAAGCUCUUCUCUUGAACUCUACACUCAUUGUGAUUCACUGCAGCUGACACCAUGCCCUGUGUAUAUAGCCAAGUUAUCGUUACUCAUUGUGCAUUUAUUCCUUAUCUAUUAUUUCAAAAAAAUUCUCUGCAUUGUUGGGAAGGGCCCGUAAGUAAGCAUUUCACUGUUUUACAAAGCUUUUGACAAAAUUUGCUUUGAAAUUAGUAGCAGGGCUAUGACAUUUCCCUCAACGUUCCAGAAUGGGGUGAAAAUGGCAGCCAUAUUGGUCAGGGAGAAAUCCAAACCAGUCUAUUUGGAAUGAAUGGCAGUAGAGGCAUAAUCCUGUUUUUACUUGUGCAGGAAAAUAAAACCAGUCAGGUGAUGUAUGUAAUAUAUUUAAUGUAAACCCUUUUGUUUUCUUGUAAAGCUGUGCGUGCUAUUAUGAUACAAUAUCAGUACUUGUUGUAUUUACAACUUAUCUAUACUGAGCAAAAAUGUAAACGCAACAUGUAAAGUGUUGGUUUCAUGAGCUUAAAUAAAAGAGCCCUGAAUUUUCCAU